GUCACUGUCAAAAAUGUUAUAAUGUCUAUGGCAACUAUUGGAGCGUGUUUUCUUUUCGAGUUUUGGUGAUUUAAGUGAUAUUAAAUGGAUUGCAAGCGAAUUACCGAAUUAAUAGUAUAAAAACAACAGUAAAAAACAUAAUCAGUAUCUAAGUGGGCUACAUAUAGUGCAAAAAUGUCGGACGACGAAGUAAUGCGUUUCGAGAUUACCGAUUAUGAUUUAGAUAAUGAAUUUAAUCCGAAUAGAAACAGGAGGGCCAAAAAGGAACAUCAGAUAUACGGUGUAUGGGCCAAAGACAGUGAUGAGGAUGAUAAUGAAGACAAUAUUAGGCAAAGAUCUCGCAAGCCUAAAGACUUCUCAGCACCCAUUGGCUUUGUGGCCGGAGGAGUACAACAGGCUGGAAAGAAAAAGGAAGAAAGUAAAGAAAUAGAAUCAUCAGAAGCUGGGACAUCGCGCCCCAAGUUUGCAGACAGCUCUGAUGAAGAGGAACAGAAUGCCCCGGAUGCCAGUGAGACGGCUGGCAUCAGGAGACAGGGGCAAGGCAUGCGGCCGGUCAACCUCGGUGGCAAUGUGGGCACUUGGGAGAAACACACCAAGGGUAUUGGUGCCAAGCUGUUGUUGAAGAUGGGUUACCAACCGGGCAUGGGUUUGGGUAAAGAUCUGCAGGGUAUCUCAGCACCAGUCGAGGCUACUGUCAGAAGAGGAAGGGGUGCUAUCGGGGCUUAUGGACCUGAGAAAGCAGCACAAAAAGCCAAAAAAGAAGAAGAGCUGCGCAAACUGAAAGAGAAAGAAGAAGAGAAAGGCACUAAAGAGAAGACUUAUAACUGGAAGAAGUCGCACAAGGGGCGCUACUUCUACCGCGACGCCGCCGACGUCAUACAAGAGGGUAAACCCACGAUGCAUACUAUUACCAGCAACGAGCUGUCCCGGGUACCCGUGAUCGACAUGACGGGCAAGGAGAAGCGCGUGCUGAGCGGCUACCACGCGCUGCGGGCGGCGGCGCCGCGCUUCGAGCACGAGCCGCGACGCAAGUGCCACUACUUCGCCGCGCCACAGCUCGCGCAUAAUCUGCAGCUCAUGGUGGAGUGUUGUGAGCAGGACAUAAUCCAAAACGCCCGUGAGCUUCAAACAGCGGAAGACGAGAUAGUAGUCAUAGAGCGAGACUUAGAAGACUGCAACAUUAAGCUGCAGGAACAAGAUAAAGUUAUCAAUAAGGUUGAGGACAUUCUGCAGCGAGUCGAGAUGUUGAACAAACCUGAUGUGUCGUUAGAGACUGCGCAUGAUGUGCUUGCUGAGUUGAAGGAAUCCUACCCCCUAGAAUACGAGAUGUUCGGCCUAGGCACAAUUGCUGGCAACAUCGUGAGUCCCUUACUCAGUUCGAUGAUAGCAGCCUGGGAUCCGUUGCAAGUACCUGAUGAACCCAUACCCACCUUCCUGAAGUGGAGGAAACUGCUGACUGAAGAGGCGUAUAAUAGUUUGUUGUGGCAACAUUAUAUACCGCAGUUGACGGCUGCUGCUGAAUCAUGGAACCCCCGCUCCCCAACCAAGAUGCUUCAGGCAGUGACUCUGUGGCAGCCGGCCUGCCCGGGCUGGGUGUCGGGCGCCGGCGUGGCCCGCGCCGUGCUGCCGCGCCUGCUGGCCGCCGUCCGCGCCUGGGACCCCACCCACGACACCCUGCCGCUGCACACCUGGGUGCUGCCCUGGCAUGACAUCGCAGGUAUAACUGUUGAACUCUCUGCCGCCGUCCGCGCCUGGGACCCCACCCACGACACCCUGCCGCUGCACACCUGGGUGCUGCCCUGGCAUGACAUCGCAGGUAUAACUGUUGAACUCUCUGCCGCCGUCCGCGCCUGGGACCCCACCCACGACACCCUGCCGCUGCACACCUGGGUGCUGCCCUGGCAUGACAUCGCAGGUAUAACUGUUGAACUCUCUGCCGCCGUCCGCGCCUGGGACCCCACCCACGACACCCUGCCGCUGCACACCUGGGUGCUGCCCUGGCAUGACAUCGCAGGUGAAGCACUAGCCAGUUCAGUGUACCCCCUCAUCCGGUCCCGCCUCGCCGCGGCACUGUCAGCGUGGCACCCCGCGGACUCGUCAGCGCGCGGGGUGCUGGGCGCGUGGGCCGCCGCGUGGGGCCCGGCGCUGGGGGCCCUGCUGCACCAGCACAUCGUGCCCAAGCUAGACCACUGUUUGCAGCACGCGCCGCUCGAGCUCGUCGGCAGAGAGAACACGGCGUGGCUGUGGUGCGUGGAGUGGCUGGAGCUGCUGGGCGCGAGCACGGUGGCGGCGCUGGCGGCGCGGGCGCUGCUGCCGCGCUGGCUGGCGGCGCUGGCGGCCUGGCUCAACACCAACCCGCCACACGCUACCGUGCUCAACUCUUAUACUGAUUUUAAGAAAAUGUUUCCCGAAGAAGUGCUAAAAGAACCAGCGGUGCGUGACGCCUUCCGCAAAGCAUUGGACAUGAUGAACCGAAGCGCUGACUUAGAGUCCGUCGAACCACCUCCUCCGCCCCGCUUCACUAUGCCCGAGCCUAAGGAAACUUCUAGAAUCGCUGACGUCAUUGCCUCAGCAACCCAAGCGAAAUCCUUCUCAGAACUACUCGAAACGAGGUGCAUCGAAAAAGGCAUUACCUUCGUACCUAUUGCCGGUAAAACCAGGGAAGGAAGACCGUUGUACAAGAUAGGAGAAUUGCAGUGUUAUGUAAUAAGAAAUGUGAUCAUGUAUUCUAAUGAUAGUGGCAGGACUUUCAGCCCCAUUAGCAUGGAUAAACUUCUAAGUAUGGUCGAAGAUUAAGUAUUUGAGAAAUAAAAAUUAUUUAGGUUUA